AUGAUCUUCAACAAAGCUACGCUCCUUACCGUGUUUUCAGCCAUCUGGGCCACUGCCCACGCCGGGUGCUCCUACGAAGACGGCAACUACUACUGUUCCCAGACAAAUGCCAUCGUCUACGAGGGCAUCGGCUACUCUGGCUCCUACUCUGACGUCACCGACAUCGACGAGUCCUCGUGUCAGUGCUCGUCGGAGACCAAGUCGUUCUCUGGUACCCUGUCUCCUUUGGACGAGGAACUUUCCGUGCACUUCAGAGGUCCUUUGAAGUUGCUGCAGUUCGGUGUCUACUACCCGUCUUCUUCGUCUUCCAAGGUGAAGAGAGACGAGGACGACGAGGAGUGCCAAACCACCGUCCAUGCUCACCACCACCACAGAAGAGCCGUUGACUACGUUUCUGUCACCGCGACCGUGUACGUCGACCAGGACGGCAACACGAUCAGCGGUACCACCAGUGCAUCCACUGCAGAGAUGAAGGUCAUCACCAGCGAGAGCGCUGCCUCUUCCACCGACGGAGCUGUUCCUACUUCCGACGGAAACGACGAGACCACCUCCGAGACCUCCUCCAAGACGUCCUCCAAGAGCAGCUCCUCCAGCUCUUCGUCUUCCUCUUCGGCUUCUUCCACCACCUCCUCUUCCUCCUCUGGAUCCGGAUGGAGCAGAUCUUCCUACUUCACUCCAGGCUCCAAGGACAACGUCACCUUCCUCAACCACAAGGGUGGUUCUGGCUCCGGCACUUUCUCCUACUGUUUCGGUAACUCGAUCUCUUACUGCGGUUCCGACGGCGAGUCUGCCUCUUCUUCCAGCGUUGCCCUUGACGAGGUCACCAUCGACUCGAACGUCGAGUUCCUCAUCAUGUCUGGCGUGGACUGUGACGACUCUUCUGCUGGCGACUGUGGCUACUACAGGUCCGGCAUCCCGGCCUACCACGGUUUCGCUGGUGCUACCAAGAUGUUUGUGUUCGAGUUUGAAAUGCCUACUGCCACCGACUCUGCCACCACCAACUACGACAUGCCGGCCAUCUGGCUGCUCAACGCCAAGAUUCCAAGAACUCUGCAAUACGGUAGCGCAGACUGCUCUUGUUGGUCUACUGGCUGCGGAGAGCUCGAUCUGUUUGAGAUUCUUUCUUCUGGCUCCGACAAGCUGAUUUCCCACCUCCACGACGGCCAGGGCGACAACGGCUCCUCCUCUGGCGGAGGCGGAUCGCAGGACUACUUCCAGAGACCUACCGACUCGUCCAUGAAGGCUGCUGCCAUCUUCUACGACGGAGAGGUCCACAUUGUUGUUCUUGACGACGACGUCGACUUCAGCGACUCUCUCGACACUGACACUGUGUCUGAGUGGCUGAACAAGUCUGGCUCUACUGCCAGCAUUUGA